GGGAGAGAAAGAGCAGCGCGAGCUGUCAUAGCAGUACUGCUCUGUAAUAACCCGUAGACUGUGCGAACCCUUCAUCGAUGUAUUGCCUACGCGUAUAGUUCUGCGAUGCAAAAGUGGGAAGUGCAAUCGAUUCUCGCCUCUGAGUUUCACUUUCAACAUAGGUGGCUUGUAGAGCACGGAUUAGAUGUAACAGGAGACAGCUCGGAUUCGGUCCGUUCGUGAAGUGAUAAUUUAUAAACCCGAACAACAGCACACGUUCGCUUCAUCUAGCCUGGCUCGGACACGAUGGAGUACUGGAGGCAGUGCGCGUUGUGGCUGAUCAACUGUAAGGUGCUUCCACCGACCCAUCGGGUAACAUGGGAGUCAGCCCAAGUAUUCGAUUUAGCACAGACGCUUCGGGAUGGCGUUCUACUGUGCCAGCUUCUCAACAAUUUGAGACCCCAGUCCAUCAAUCUGAAGGAGAUCAACCUGAGGCCACAGAUGUCACAGUUCCUCUGCCUGAAGAACAUCAGAACCUUCCUGUGUGCAUGUUGUGAGAUAUUUGCCAUGAAGAAGAGUGAACUCUUUGAGGCCUUUGACCUGUUCGACGUUCGGGAUUUUGGAAAGGUCAUUGACACACUAUCCAAGCUCUCACAUACAUUGAUUGCGCAGCAAACUGGAAUAAGGCCAUUUCCAACAGAAGAGAGUGUGGAAGAUGAGGACAUCUAUAAUCAUCUAGAGGACUUAAUAGAUGAGAAUGGAGUGGAAGACGAGGAGGACCUUUAUGACUGCGUGUACGACGACGAUGAAGGGGGAGAAGUCUACGAAGACCUGAUGAGGCCGGAAGCGGUGCCUCCGCCGAAACAGGCCGAGAUGGACAUCCGCAGCUGCUGCCUCGCCGAGAUCAAGCAGACGGAGGAGAAAUACACAGAAACCCUGGAUUCCAUAGAGAAAUUCUUCAUGGUCCCCCUUAGGAAAUUCUUGUCUUCAGUGGAAGUAGAGAAAGUGUUUGUUAACAUACCGGACCUAGUCAAAGUCCACCGAAGCCUAAUGCUUGAGGUUCAAGACUCCAUCCUCAACAAGAACGCCCAUAACCUGUACCAAAUUUUCAUCAACUACAAAGAAAGGCUACUUAUUUAUGGAAAGUACUGCAGUCAAGUUGAAACUGCCAUCGCGAUUUUGGAUGAUAUCUGCAAAGAGAAGGAGGAUGUGCGAUUGAAGCUGGAGGAAUGUUCAAAGAGAGCAAACAAUGGGAAAUUUACCUUAAGAGAUCUCCUGGUUGUCCCAAUGCAGAGAGUAUUAAAGUACCAUUUGCUCCUUCAGGAAUUAGUCAAACACACUCACGAUGCAACCGACAAGAGUAAUUUACGAACGGCGCUCGAUGCCAUGAAGGACCUUGCUCAGUAUGUCAAUGAAGUGAAGAGAGACAACGAGACCCUGAGGGAGAUUGACCAGUAUCAGAAAUCCAUUGAAAACCUGAAUCAGUCCCUGCGAAACUACGGGAGACCAAAAGGCGACGGCGAGGUUCGAGUAGCUACGGUCGAUAAACGUGCAAAACAAGAUAGGCAUAUCUUUCUGUUCGAUGUGGCUGUCAUCGUCUGCAAGAGACGAGGGGACAACUACGAAAUGAAGGAGGUGAUCGACCUCCACCACUUUAAAAUCACCAACAACCCGACGACUGAUAAAGAGAACAAAAAGUGGUCGUAUGGAUUCUACCUCACCCAUAACCAGGGCCAGAGUGGGUUCGAGUUCUUCUUCAAAACCAAGGAGAUGAAGAAGAAGUGGCUGGAGCAGUUUGGCAUGGCGAUAUCCAACCUCCGGCCCGAGAACGCCCGCAGCAACUUCCACGAGUUCAAGAUGCACACCUUCGAUCGCAUCACUUCCUGCGGGGCCUGCAACAUGCUGCUGAGGGGGAUCUUCAAUCAGGGUUACCUCUGCUCCAAAUGUGGAGUGGGCGCGCACAAGGAGUGUCUCGGGAGGCUGGGUAACUGUGGGAAAAUAAGCCCAGAUUCGGGAACGCUGAGACCGCAGAAGAGAGCAGAUCACGGACGAAGACCCGAUCCAGGUCUGCCUAAGAUGCUGGUGAUCCGAAACUAUUACGGGGUCCCCAGCCCUAUGUGUGGGCCUCCGCUGAACAUCCAAGCCGGUGACAUCAUAGAGCUGAUAUGCGCAGAUCUGCACAGCUCUUGGUGGCAGGGCAGGAUCCUGACGACGAGAGAAACUGGCUACUUUCCAAGCGAUGCUGUGAAGCCUUGCCCAUGUGUUCCAAAACCAGUGGAUUACUCAGCACAACCCUGGUUUGCCGGGCCAAUGGAGAGGCUCCAGGCCGAAGCAGAGCUCAUAAACCGCGGCAACAGCACCUACCUGGUGAGACACAGGAGUAAGGAGUGCACCGAGUACGCCAUCAGUAUAAAGUAUAACAACGAUGUGAAGCACAUCAAGAUCUUAACCAAGGAGGGCUGUUUCUACAUUGCCGAGAAUAAGAAGUUCAGAAGUAUUUUAGAGCUCAUAGAGUACUACAAGCAUCACUCCCUGAAAGAGGGCUUCCGGAGCCUGGACACCACGCUGCAGUUUCCCUAUAAGGAGACAGAGAAUGCAGCCAUGCAGCGAACCAACAGGCUAGGUGGAAACACCCCAUUGCUCUGUGGGCUUUCUUUUGUAACGGCUGCCGGCUACAGCUUUGUUCCUCCCUCCUCCGCUCCUUUCUGGUCAGGUACAGUGUUCACUCCCAAAGUGAUGGGCGUGGCCAUCGCGCGGUACGACUUCAGCCCCAGAGACACCCGCGAGCUGCCUCUGCAGGAGGGAGACGUGGUGAAGAUCUUCACCAAGACGGGCGCCAACGGGUGGUGGAGAGGCGAGGUCAACGGCAGGGUGGGCUGGUUCCCCUCCACGUACGUCGAGGAAGGCGAGGAGUGACGGGGACCGGAGGCAGGCCCGGGGAACAUCUCCAUCCACCUCUGCUUCCGUCUUCGCUGGGAAAGGAGGGCGGGAGCACAGGAAAACCAAAAAAACGGAACGGCGCAGAACUGGAAUCACACCGCCGCCUCCGCUGCCUCCACGUAGCUCGCUGGAGCCGGGGAUUCUCCGCAAGCCUGCGCUGACACCUUAAUGGCUGGCUCUCGGGCUUCGGCGGCGAGAGGCUGCCAGUCGGGCUGUCAGUGCGGACCCGCUCGGAGCUGGAACCUCCCCCCCACAACCACCCCCCCGCCCUCCCAGGAAGAGACUCACGCAUCCAGACAGCUUUAGCCCCCUGUCACUCCCUGCGUCCGCUCGCGGUGGCGGUCCUGUUGCUGGUAAAUAUUUAAAUACAUCUCCAUCCCUGGCUAAGAGUCUUCCGUGAUGAGCUGGAAUAAAAAAAAAAAAAAAAAGCCCUGAACUGUUUCAUUUGAGCUCAGCCAGAUAGUUCCUCCUGUGCUGACCUUGCCCAUGUCCCUCUUACCUGUGCUAUUAUUGAUGACUUCAUCCCUCCUUCCCUCCCUCCCUCCCUCCCUCCCCCUCCUGCUCUCUGAGCGGAGGCCAUGAGGCCGCGGGCUCUCCAUCACCUAAGCCCCUCGCAGCACAUGUCGCAAUCACUACCCCC